AUGAAUGGAAUAAAAUACCUGCUUACCACGCCGUAUCAUUCGCAAGCCAAUGGUCUCGUCGAACGCCUACAUCGUCAGCUCAAAUCAGCACUUUUGUGUCAUAAAGAGUCAUGGUAUGACGCAUUACCAGCCGUUUUAGAAGGCUUACGCGCUAGUUGGAAGCACGACAUCCAGACGACCACCAACUGUAUUAGUGUAAGGAACCUUAGUACUUGCAGUCCUGUACUGGUACGGAAUGACCAGGUUGGACCAUCUUUCGAAGCGCCAUACGAAGAUCCAUAUCGUGUAAUAACUCGACACGAUAAAUACUUCAUCGUCGAUUUUCGUGGACGACAAAUCGCUAUUCCAGUGGACAGAUUGAAGCCGGCUUACGAGGCGAAUCCAAUCGACAUGCCGAUGACAAUAGCAAACUCCCACCCAAAUAGCACAGCAACUGAGACUCAAAAACGCCGAGUCCGUUACAUUAUAUUCCGAGUUGAGUACGGUGUUUUGAUGUUGCGAUAA